AAACGCUCUUUUUGGAACCAACUCAUGAAGAACAAGGGAGGAAAGCCGAAACUCAAGAGGAAAGGAGCCACAAACGUCUUUGGCUGUGAUCUGACAGAAUAUCUGGAGAGCACUGGACAAGAUGUUCCCCCAGUACUGAAGAACUGUGCAGAGUUCAUAGAGACUCACGGAAUUGUGGACGGAAUCUACCGGCUUUCUGGAGUGACAUCCAACAUUCAGAAAUUGAGGCAAGAGUUUGGAUCAGAUCAAAGCCCAGACCUGACAAGGGAAGUUUACCUUCAGGACAUUCACUGUGUGGGGUCACUCUGCAAAUUAUACUUCAGGGAGCUACCCAAUCCCCUCCUCACUUAUGAACUUUACAAGAAAUUCACGGAGGCAGUCUCAUGCUUCCCGGAGGAAGAGCAAUUGGCUCAAAUUCAGAAUGCCAUCCAGGAACUUCCACCAUCUCAUUACAGGACCCUGGAAUACCUGAGCAAGCAUCUGACUCAUCUAGCAUCUUUCAGCAGCAUGACCAACAUGCACACCAGGAACCUAGCUUUAGUGUGGGCACCUAAUCUCCUCAGGUCCAAGGAGAUUGAGGCUGUUAGCUGCAAUGGAGAUGCAGCUUUCCUGGAGGUGCGAGUUCAGCAGUUGGUGAUUGAGUUUAUAUUGAACCAUGUGGAUGAAAUCUUUAGUAACAAUGUCCCUGCCAAACCAAGGAAGAAUGAGGAGAAUAAGCCCGUUUUGAAGAGUUUGACGCUGCCUUCCACCUCUCUGCCAAUGAAACUGGUGAGCCUGGAAGAAGCUCAGGCCCGGAGCCUCUCAGCCUGCCACCCUGCCCGCAAAGAGCGGAGGGAGAACAGUUUGCCAGAAAUUGUUCCAGUCACAGGCUCCUUCUUCCAUACCGUCCUUGACCUACCUGACAGCAAGAGAAAGUUAUCCACAAAAUCCAAGAAGUGGAAGUCAAUAUUCAACCUGGGCCGCUCUGGAUCAGAAGCCAAGACUAAACUGAGCCGAAAUGGGAGUGUGUUUGUUCGAGGGCAGAAGCUCUCUGAAAAAGCAACCAUUCGGCCAGCUAAAAGCAUGGACUCAUUGUGUUCACUUCCAGUAGAAGGAGGUGAUGAAAAGAGCCACUUCAAGUGUACAGUCAUGGCUGGAGGGUUUUUUGUUCCAGCGAUGAAACCAAGGAUGGGGGGCCCCAGCAGCUCAUCUGACCUCAGCAAGGAGGAGAGUGAAUGGGAUCCAAAGGGUGCUGUGAAAGGAGCAGAGGGAGGUGCAGAGGAUGGCGGAGAGCAUGAUCCUCCUCGGCCUACCCAUGUCAGACCACUUCCUGAGCAACUGAAGGUGUUCCGGGCCAUAGAAGACCCGGAGAAUGAGCAAACAUCCCCAAAGAUGUGCCGUAUGUUCUACACUUCUAAUGACACGACAGCCAAAUCAGGAUUCCAUGGGACUCUCUUCCCCCUGGAAGCCUCCCCCCGCCACCAGAGGAAAGCCUUGAACAUUUCAGAGCCCUUUGCUGUGUCAGUGCCCCUUCGGGUUUCUGCAGUCAUCAGUAUCAAUAGCACCCCAUGCCGCAUGCCUGCUAAAGACAAGCCCGCCUUGUCUAGCCUGCAAGAAUCCUCUUUCUUGGGACUGGACAGUGCAACUUCCACAGAAGGAGACAACCACAUCAGGGCAGAGCACACUGCAGUCAAGGAAGAAAAGCCUGAAUCCAAAGCAGUAGCAGAUUCUACUGUUGAAGAACCAGCAAUAGCUAACAAGAUGGAGUCCAUAGGUGCCUCUCAGCCGACAAUGAAGACUCAGGAGACAAAGCGCAGUAACAACAGCUGCGGCCAAAGUGCAGAGGAAAAACAGAGGCUGGAACCAAAGCUGCAAGUCAAGAUCUCAGCAAGCCACCAGCAGGCAGACAAAGCAAGCCAGAGCCAGCUAGGGGUAAAGGAUAGGCCAGAACAAGUCUGUUGGCAACAGGAGGAGCCAAGGGAUAAAGUGGAGGACACCUCGCUCUUAAGGGAGCCGACUCAUGACAAUCAUUCCAGUGCCCUCAUGGAACGAUUAUGGCCAGAAGUUCAACAAGAGCUGAAAAUUGUUGAAUCUGAAGAGGAGCUGCCAUUUGCUGCCAUUGCUCCAGAGACAGGCCAGCAACAGCAAGACGUUAAACCCAGCAUUUUGUCAGUUUCAUCAUUGGAAGAAAACAAUUUGCCAGGUAGUUCUGUGCUGCCUCUGAUACCGCCCGAAGACGAAAACAUAAUGAAAAAUUCACCAGCCACCCCUCAUAUUCCUUUGUUUGGAGCUCUCUCCAAGGGAUCAAAAGACUCACCUGUUUGUGAUUCUGAACUGUCCCAAAAGCAAGAUAGUGCUUCUUCCACUUUAUUAAAACUGGAAAAUGUCUCAUGUGGGAAACAUUGUCCAAAGGAUUGUUUAGAAAUGGAGGAUACCAGGUGUGACCAUCCAUCUCAGCCCCACAACUGGAAGCGUCCAUCAGACUCACAAGAAAACAGGACUCUUUCAAGAGAUGAGUCAUCAUUUCCCAAAGAAAAGCAUUUAGGCCAAUCAGACUGGGAAGGAAAUGCUUGGAUUCUUCACAGGGAGGAGGAAGGUGCUGCUGAGUCCCAGGCAGCAAGAAGUGAUCAAGUGUUUUCAGAGAGCAGGGACCUGGACAGUUCAGUGACCUUCAGUGGAAUUGGAGCCCACCAGCUCGAGUGCAAACUGAAUGAUCGAGCCCAAGACUCUCUUGACCAGCAAGAGGAAGACCCAUGGGUGGACCAUGUCCAGACCUUGGAGUUAGUGGAGCCCUGGGAAGAUCACCAGUGGGUCACUAGCCCCCUCCACUCCCCUACCUUCAAGGACACCCAAGGAAAGGCACUUCAGGAGUUUCAGCCACAGAGCCAAGGAGUGGCCCAGAGCCAUUUCAAAAAACUGUGUUUCAGUCGUAGCUUUUCCUUAGACAGUAAAGACUUUGUGAGGAGGCACUGGGCUAUUCAACUGCCUUCUGGAAGUGGAGAUGAAGAGUAUCUUUGUGAUGACAUCCGAUCUGGGGUUGAGGAACCCUCACAAGCAAAAUGGAGAGAAACUGACAGAGGAGAAGCCUGGCUGAAUCUUCCAGAAGAACUUUCUAAGCCAGAUGAAAUAAGCGGGAGACCUCUGAGCCAUGAAGCAGGCUCUGCAGCCAGAGAAUUGCUGUCCAGUCACGAUAGUCUUUACCUUGUCACUCACAAAGAGUCAAGUGAGAAGGAUGUAUGUGAGGACAAAGAAAAUCAGGAAUUCUUGAAGCCUGCUUUGCAGCAAUUUAAUACUGAGAACAGUUCCUCAAGUUCGAACAGCCCAGAAGAAGAUGCACCCAGUAUUCAACAGGCUGACAGUCCUGGAACUGCUGUCACAAAAGAUCUAUGUUCUGUCAAAGAGUCACAGACCAGUAAAGGUGAAGACGCCCCACGGAAAGGGAGACCAAGACCUUCUUCUCUCAAUCUGGAUUCUGUCCUUCCUGCUACCAACAUUUUUAACUUUGAGAGUCUGUCUGUGCCCACUCCACCCAGGCACUUCCUCUGUGGGCAAAAUGAAGUCAAGACUAGUGACUCUGUGCCGUCACUUCCUGUGGCCUGCCCAAGCCAAAAUAAAGCUGACCUUUGGGGUUCUCACUUUGACCCCCAAGACUUAGACCUAGACUACAUAAUGAUGGCUCAUGCUACUACUGGGCGCCGUAACUCUGCUCCAGUAAGUGUUUCUGCCGUCCGAACCUCUUUCAUGGUUAAGAUGUGUCAGGCUAGAGCUGUGCCAGUUGUACCACCCAAGAUUCAGUACACUCAGGUCCCCCAGCCCCUACAGACACAGAACCCCAACUGCAGGACCCAGUUGACACCAGAGAAUAAAGAAACAGAAGUCAAUGUAGGUGAACUCAAGCCAACUGAAAAAGCUCGGGGUCAUUUGCAACCUCCAAAGAGUCCACCAGUAGAUAGAAAAGGGAAGGAAAAUAAUAACACAACCUUUGUGGAUUCAACAGCAACUAGAAAGGCAGAACCAUCCUUCUCUAAUCCUAUUUUGACCCAGGAUGCACCAGUUCUUCGUCGAAAGCGCACCUCUGAAGGGGAGACUACAGGAGAUAAUCCCCAGUCCUCAAAAAUAGAGAGGCCUUCAGGGGUAUCCAAGCCUUCUUACAGAUCUAGACCAGGAAGACCUCAGAGCCUUAUCCUGUUUAGUCCUCCCUUCCCUAUCAUGGACCAUCCCUCCUCCUCUGCAGACUCCAGAGUGUUGCUCUCUCCCAUAAGAAGCCCUUCACAGACCUCCUCUCCAAGCCCCAUCUCCAGUGAUUUGUCAGGGACAGCUACAGAAGGUGUUACUCUUCGGAACAAGAUGACCAUUCCAAAGAAUGGCCAAAGACUAGAGACUUCCACGAGCUGUUUCUAUCAACCCCAGAGGAGGUCUGUGAUUCUGGACGGUAGAAGUGGGAGACAGAUAGAAUAAGGCCCAUUCCCUUCACCUCUCUUCCCUGGUGGACGAGAUGGGUGUGGUCACACUGAUAACUAUGAUGAUGAUGUUAUUGUUAAACACAUACUAUUCAAGCAGUACUUACUUGUCAGUUCCAAAAAAAUCCCUUAUUUUAUAGAUUGUCACUUUUAAGAGAUAGAAUGUUCAGUGGAUUUGGCUUUGAGUCCCCCGUGGCAAAAGGUGUGCCAACGAGAGCAAACUUUUACUGACAGAAAAGCAAAAAUCCAUAUUUCUCCAACUAAAGUUACCCCUCCAGACUCUCUCUCAUCCUUCAGCUUCCCAGCAGCAGACUAAAAUCACAAGAAUCAUCUCAGCAACUUAUGCUUGGCUAUAGCUCCAUUCCUUGCUGUGUUCCUGAUCAUUGCUUCCUUGUUUAUCUUAAUUUGUUGUAUUCCUAGGAUUUCUGGUCCACAUCUGUAUUAAAAGUUUAUAGGCUUAUAGGCUUUCACCUUCCUCUGCACUGAUUUAUGCACAGACUUACACGGAGCAUUGUAAUGAGCAUGAUGGGCGCCAUGGGCGCUCAGCUAAGUGGUUUGAGAGGCAUGUUAAUGCAUUUGAGCUAAAACCUGUUUUGAUAGGCCGCUGUUGUCAUUAAGCACCUGUUUGUGUCUAUGUUCCUUUUCCCAUAGCAUCUGAUUCUCCAUAAUUUUUUAUAACUUAGAGCUAACUGCAGAGUUCUUGAUAAUUGUCAAGAGAGAAUUGUACAAAUAGCCAUGUAAGCUGCCUGCUGACACACAAUGGUUGGCAGCAUUAGUGAUACAGUUGCAGGGACAGAUCCCACCAUUGUGCUGAUCCUAUUGAUCCUCUCCAAAAAGCACUGUUUAUUUCACAAGUCUUUCUGCAGUAUCAGGCACAGGACUUGUGAGUGAUGGACAGAUCAGUCUCACUAAGCUGCAAUCUGACUGUAUUACUUGUAUUUUUAUAGUGUGCUGUUUUUUAUUUGAAGACAUCACAGUAGGAUUUUUCUCUCUUUCAAGAAGUGUUGUGCUGCUUGUUCAAAAUAAGCUUGUUCUUUAAGCUGCCACUCAGUCUGCCUGCAUCAUCAGGACUGUAGGCGGCAAGAAUUGCAGGAUGUGAUUAGCAAAGAAAUUCCCAUGCUAAUUCAUGAAUGUGAGUCACUAAGUUAGAACUGGGGGCUUGAAGGCUUCUGAGAGUCGGGUGAAUUAAAAAUGUCACAUUUCAGCUUCUCAUAGAUGCAGAGUUCACAGCAUCUAGAUGUCCAUUAGCAUACCCAUUUUUGCCUUGCAGCAAAACCUCUGUGGGAGCACUUGAAAUAUUAUGGUAAGAGUAAGAGCCCUAUCAGUCUCAGAACAUUCUGUUUCCCUGUUUCUAAAGGAGAAAAGAGGGGUGUUGCCUUUCUUUUUGCACAUUAUUAUUAAAAAGGAAAUGAUAUUGCUGAUUUGAGCAUAGAGAAACUCAUCUAAAUAUAUAUAUGCUAGAUACUGUGGCUUUUGAGAUCUGUCCACAGACUAACUCAUUUUUUUGUCCACUUUUUGUGCAAUAAGCAAGAGAGAUCUGCUAGGUUUAGCAAGGGCACAGUAUGUUGCUUAUAAGAUCUGGGAAAGAGGACAAAGAAGAGGCGGAGUUAGUUUGUUGUUUUCUGAACUGCAUAAGGAGGAGUAUCAUGAGGCUGUCCUCUUCAGUGGAAGGAAGAAGGGAUCAGUGUGGGAGUGGAGCAGGCUGUCUGAGUAAGGGAAGUAAGUUAGUAUAGCAUUCCUGACUAGCAGAGAGGAUUCACUUGUUCAAAGUGUAGUGGAAGAAUUAUCCAUCUAUGUGAGAAAGGAGGUACGCAAGACUCAGCUGGUUGGAAAGGAUUGUCUCUGUCUAAACCAAGGAUCGCCAGUGUGGUGCCCUCCAGAUGUUGCUGUACUAAUCUCCCAUCAUCCCUGAUCAUUGGCCAUGCUGGCAGGGGCUGAUGGGAGUUGUAGUCCAACAACAUUCUGGAAGGCACCAUUUUGGCCCUCCCUGAUCUAAACAAAACCUAGGACUUGCUUUAAACUAGACCAUUGACUAUUUUGCCAAGAAUGGAGAUGUUUUCUGAAACAGUGCUUCAGCAUCUUAAAAUGCUUUGAGUACCUUCAGUUUAGAAAUGCAGAAGGGCCUGAGCAGCUUCCCUCUGAUCAAUAUGUCCCCCUUGCCCCCAAAAGGUGCAACCAAAAGUUAUAGCUAGCUUUUCCUCUCUUCAGAGUAGCUGUACUGAUUAAUAUUGUGUUAAAUUUAUAUAUAAACAGAACGUAUAUAAAUAUAUUAAAAUGUAAUUAAAAACUAAGAAAUUGUCUCUAAGCCGCAUUCAUUACACCUGUGAAUCUUGGGCAGAUCCAAUGUACAGAAAUGAUAACUCUUCUUGUGCAGGUUUUCCAAGCCUCUUCUGAAGAAGACAGGCAAUGAGCCCCUUCUCCUGCAUUGUCCUUAAUAGCAGUUUGAAGCCUACCAAGCAACUGAGCUCAGUCCAGCUCGAGUCUUAAUCAGUUCAAAGAUAUCUAUUGAGCUUUAUAAUCAGUAGCUGGAUCCUGGAAGGAGAACCCCAAAUGCACAUGCAAACACAUACCAAUGUCUUUUCCCACCUGGUGGUUCUCUGCAAUGAGAUGAUAACAUAUUUUUCUUAAUGCAGAAUGGCAAGGAAACACUUGCAACCCACUCUUUAGAUGUAGCCCAGGUUUUGCUGCAUUGUCUUGUCGAGUUCAGUACUUGAUAAUGAAUGUGGAUCACAACUGGGAUAGAGCAACACUUGAACACAUUUGGUGGUUCAGGGAUCUGCUUCCCCUUAGAGCUCUAUAGGAACGAAGGAAGCUGCCUUAUACCAAGUUAUAAGACUUGACAAGACUUGCCGCCCUGGGCGCCUGCUGGGAGGAAGGGCGGGAUAUAAAUCAAAUAAUAAAUAAAUAAAUAUUUGUCCAUCCAGUCAAGCAUUGUCUGCUUUGACUGGCAGCUGUUGUCUAGGAUCUCAGAGAGGGAAGAGAUAAAUAUAUGUCCUUAUUCCAAGAAAAAGGUGCUCAAAUCUAGUUUCUCCUAUAUCCAUUAAUAAAAUUCAAUGCAGGAAAAAGAGAGAGUCCAUUGCAGUAUGAAGAGGUUUGGACUAUGCAUGAAUGCAUUGUGUUUCCUUUGGUAGUCCUGUUGGGUAUUGUUUUCAUGGAACGUUGUUCUUCCUGUAGGCUAUCUUCUUUUAUCGCUUUGGAGUUUUGCCAAGUCUCAACCAUGAGAUUAAACUGGAGUUUU